CAGUAAGCCGUUCAUAAGACAAUGUCAAAAAAUAAAUCGGUAUAGGUAGCGGUUUAUUACAGCAACAAAAAUGAAGAUUUCACUUAUUUUAGGUCUAAUAGCGUGCUUUUCAAUUGCAUGUGCCGAACAAGAGACUUUAGUACUAGUGGAUAAUUUAAAUAUAAGAGAAACUCAUUCUCAAUUUUUUAAAUCUUUGCAAGAUCGUGGCUACAGCCUAACUUUUAAGUUGGCCGACGAUGCUAACCUAGUGCUCUCGAAGUACGGAGAAUAUUUGUACAAGAAUCUUAUAGUUUUUUCGCCUUCCGUUGUUGAAUUCGGGGGUCAACUUGACACGGAAGGUAUCACGAAGUUUAUUGAUGAUGGUGGCAAUGUCCUCAUGGCUGGCAAUUCUGUGGCAGGAGAUGUAUACAGGGAAAUUGUUUCAGAAUGUGGUUUUGAGAUGGAUGAAGAGUCAGCGGCUGUGAUAGACCACUUUAACUAUGAUGCUCUAGAUGAAGGUGAUCAUACAAGAAUUGUUGUAUCACCUAAGAACCUCAUCAAUGCUCCAACCAUUGUUGGUACACAGAACACACAACCAUUGUUGUUUGAAGGUACUGGGUUGAUCUUGGAUAAGGAUAAUAGUUUGGUUAUGCCAAUACUAACAGCUGAUAGCACUGCAUACAGCUACAAUCCUAAGAGUCUGGUAAAAGAGUACCCUCAUGCUGUGGGUAGGAAGACUGUGCUGAUAGCUGCUCUGCAAGCCAGAAACAAUGCCAGAAUUAUUUUCAGUGGGUCACUGUUCUUCUUUUCUGAUGAAGCCUUUAAUUCUCCUGUAGCUAAAGUUCAUGGUGAUAAAACAAAAGCAUCUCUUUCCGGUAACAAAGCUCUUGCAGUACACUUGAGCGAGUGGGCGUUCGGCGAGCGAGGUCAAUUGCGCGUGCGCCGCGUUCAUCAUCACCGCCAGGGCGAUAAGCAGUCAUCUAAUACCUAUACUAUAACUGAUACUGUGGUUUACAAAAUUGAAAUUGAAGAGUUGAAGAAUGGCAAAUGGCAACCAUUUGAAGCUAAUGAUGUGCAAUUGGAGUUUGUCAGAAUUGAUCCUUUCAUCCGCACCACACUUAAAAAGAAACCUAAUGGAGUCUAUGAGGGUAUCUUCAAAGUUCCUGAUGUGUGGGGUGUCUAUCAGUUCAAAGUUGAUUAUGAUAGAAUAGGAUAUACCAGACUAUAUCAUUCAACACAGGUGUCUGUUCGUCCAUUGCAACACACACAGUAUGAGAGAUUCAUACCAAGUGCUUACCCAUACUAUGUGAGUGCUUUCUCCAUGAUGGUUGGAGUAUUCCUGUUUUCGUUUGUCUUCCUCUAUUACAAGGAGGAAACUCCCAAGAGCAAGAGUGAAUAAACUUAGAAAUUAUUUAUACAUUUUCUAAUUCUUUGUUGUGCGUGUGUGUAUAGUUGGAAUAAAAUUGUCGUAAAAGUUAUGAUAUCAUUAUGAAAAAUAAAAUGUUCACAAAUAUUA